AGGUGAGAUUCAGCGUGCUUUCGAUCCUGUCCUAGACAAGAUGUUUGUCAUGGUUCAAGAGCAGGAGGCUGCGGUGACUCGGAAGAAGGGACAUGGUCCCAAGUAUGUCAUUCUUGUUGGUGGCUUUGGGCGUUCAAGAUAUCUCUUUUCUUAUCUCAAGAAGAAGCUUGGAAAUGAGAUUGAGAUACUUCAAUCUCGUGGCGCCAGCCCCUGGGCCGCCAUCUGCCGCGGAGCUGUAAUCCAAAGCAUUAGCUCCAAAGGCCGUUCGAAUCUGUCUAUUGAUGUUCAGGGGCGGAUCUCCAGAGCCAGCUAUGGUAAGGGCGACCUCGGGAAUUCAGACAAACGUGUCACAAGUUCCUACCUACGUCAUUUUUUUGACACAAACGACGACCAGAAACAGACCAUUGUGGAGGCUAUCUACUGCACAACUGCCUCACAGCCACCCAAAGUCUGGAAUGAUCAAAUCAAGACGCUCUGCACGGUGAAGUGGGAAACGAAGAUCGACCUGACCACCCUUCCAACAUUCACCAACCCCGUGGGAAAGGUUAUCUACGUCCUCAAGUACGAUAUCGAGAUGACGGUUGCUGGGGGUGUUCUGGACUUUGCUGUUUAUCGCGAUGGCGUUCGGCAGGGAGGAAAGAGUGUCAUGAUCGAGUAUGAGAAUGCCUAA